AUGGAUCAUUCUAAGAGCAAGCCUUUAAAUUUGGAUGAUGAUCUUGUAUCUGAAACUCCUGGUCCAUCUGAAAUUCAAGAUGGUUUAAAGGUGGUUGAUAAAGUACUUCAUAACAUUAGAGAGAGUGUUAAGUAUGUUAAAUCAUCGGAUGGAAGAACUCUCAAAUUCAAAGAAUGUGUUAGUGAUAUUGGCAUAAAUAUGAGCAUUGGUUUGAGAUUAGAUGUGACUAAAAGAUGGAAUUUGACUUAUUUGAUGCUUGAAAGUGCAAUAAGAUACAAGGCUUUUGAAAUUCUCAAAGUGGUUGAUAGAAGUUAUAAAAAUUGUCCAUUUUUUGAGGAAUGGGAUAAGGGAGAGAAAAUGUGUCAAUUCUUAGAACCAUUUUAUGACAUCACAAACAUGAUUUUCGGUUCUUCUUAUCCCACUUCAAAUUUGUAUUUUAUGGAAAUUUGGAAGAUUCAAUUAAUCAUUGAAGAGAAUUUUUUGAAUGAAGAUGUCAUUUUAAAGACAAUGGCUUUGAAUAUGAAGGAGAAGUUUCAAAAGUAUUCGAAGGAGUAUAGUAUUGUGUUAGCUUUUGGAGAUAUUCUUGACCCACGACUAAAGGAUCUUAAAAUGUAUCAAAAUGAAUCAAAAUCCAUAAUUGGCAAGAGCGAGGUAGAUGUUUACCUAGAUGAACCAACAAUAGAUGAUGAAGAAAGUGAAGAUUUUGAUGUACUCAAAUAUUGGAAAACUAAUGAGAAAAAAUUCCCUAUGUUGUCUAUAAUGGCUCGAGAUGUGCUUAGUAUUUCCAUUACUAUUGUCGCAUCAAAGUCAGCUUUUAGGAAAGGUGGGCGUAUACUUUCCAAAUAUAGAAGCUCUAUUCUUCCUAAUCAUGUGCAAAUGUUGAUUUGUACUCAAAGUUGA